CCUAUAUCCGUAGAUGGUUUCAAAAGCGAAUUGGCAGCGUCGCACUCGCAGAGUUAACAAAAGUGUACGACGGCUUUUGUGAUUCAUCGUGUAGACUACUCGCAGAAUUUCUGUACAUAGUUGUGUGUACAUACAAAUCGGUAAUUGGUUUGGGGCACAACAGUACUAAACCAGUGGCAAUCUUGUACGAAUGAGAAUGAGUUCAACAGCUAAGAAAGGGGAUAAAGGCAAGUCCUCCACCAAUGCUUCUCAGACUUUAUCCAAGGACACAGCAUCCCAUUCUUCCUCAAAGAUGGCAAAUUCCAAAACUGGAGAGUCAAAAAAUGAUUCCAGCAAAGCAGUUGAUCAAAUCAAUCCUAAGCUUCUGCCUACUGCUGAGCAACUUCGUAUUGCUCAGAUGAUCAGUGACAGCAGAAAGGAUGAUCCAGAACUUCCAGAAAAAGUCAACAAGCUGGUGGAGUUGACCAACUGCAGUCCUGAUGCAGCAAUCAUUGCUCUCCAUGAUUCAAAUAAUGAUUUGGAACAUGCCAUUGCAGUCCUCCUUGAUGGAGAAACUGAGGGUGACUGGGAAGUGUCAGGGAAGAAGAAGAAACCCAAGCAGUCAGCUCAGCAACCAGUAGGUGGUGAUGGAACGGAGGGUGGCAGUGGAACAGGAGCCGGACGUGGAAGGGAUCGCGAGAGGGACAGGCCAAGAAGCAGUCGUGGUGGCCCACCUAGGCUGCGAGGACGCGGCCGUGGUCGAGAUAACAAGGAAAAUGUGGAAGAAGGUGAUGGGGAAUUUGGCGGAUCUCGUGGAAGAGGAUCUCGUAGCGGCCCACGUAUGUCAAAUGGACCUGGAAGAGAAGGAUCUAGUGGUCGAGGUAGUGGUGGUGGUGGUCGAGGUGGUCGAGGAGGUUUCCGCCGAGGACAACGUGGCCCUGCCCCAGUCGCUGAUACAUGGGAGGAAGGUGCCGAGUACUCAGCCAUGACAAACGUUGAGCCUUGGGGAGUCGACUUUCCAUCGGCAGAAGAUUGGGAUAACGAAGAAUACAUCGGUUCAUUGGUUGAAACAAAGGUGUUUACACCGUCCCAAUCGGCUGCAGCAAAUGUUCCAGCACCAACACCCGUUAUUCCCGAACCUACGCCGCUGACGAACGGUUCAACAUCAAUUUCUAACGGCGGCGGUAGCAGCAGCAGUAGCCAUGUCGAACCUGUUGUUCCUGUUCCUGCUCCUCCACCUCAGGUUCAAUAUUCCACCAUCAACAACAGCGCGCAACAAGGCAUCGACUUGAAUGCACUGCUCCAAAAGACGUCUGGCGUCACAGUGGCUGGAUCGUCGAUGCAGCAACAAUUCCUACAAUAUAGCCAAGCAACUGAUGCACUAAAAGCUGCUAUGGGUGUUGGCGGAGUUCCUUCAUCCAACAUGAAAUCCGCGAAGCCUUUGCGAGCUAAAAUCCCUCCACCUUCUAAAAUUCCUCUCUCUGCAGUUGAAAUGCCGGACGAUCCAAUUGUUUCCGGACUGGAUGUGAAAUUUGGAACCCUUGAUUUUGGUAUCGAACCUUCCGGUUUCGAUAUGAACAUCGACGUUUCGAUGAUUCCUUCAUCCACAGCGAACAUGAAUAUGUCGAAGCAGCCAGAUCAUCAUCAGCAACAACAACAACAGCAGCAGCAGCAACAUCAUCAUCAUCAACAGCAGCAGCAACAACAACAUCAACAGCAGCAGCAACAACAUCAACAGCAGCAACAACAACAGCAGCAGCAAUCGAAACAUGGACUUAUGUCGAAGAUGGAACAGCAGUACGCCAGUAAUGCUUCUGCUCCACAGCCGCCUGCACCUUCAACAUUGCCCAAACCCGAUUCUUCUCUAGGUGGUUUUUCCGCGUCGUCAGCAUCGGCUUCUCAACAAUCGAUGGCGACGACAUCCACUCAAGUAAAAUCGACCAAUAGUCCAGCGUCGUAUCCAUACGGCACGUCUUACGCGCCUCCCGGCGUGAAUAGUGCUUCUACUCAGGCAACGACUACGGGUGUCUCUCAGCCGGCUGGUGCUUAUCCCUCCAGCAGUCAGACAAGCGGUGUGUACAGUAACAAUUCAUCCAACUCGGGAUAUCAAGGUGCUAGCAGUCAAACCGCUUACGGUUCUUAUGCCCAGCAACAGCCACAACAGCAACCUCAGCAACAACAGCAGCAGCAACAACAACAACAAUCUAGUUACCAGACGUACAACAACAAAUUGAGCGCUGCCAGUAGCUUGAAUGAUGCAUCGAGCUCCGUCUCUUCGCUAAGAGGAGACAUGCCCAGUGCUACGGCUGCGUCGGCUUCUUCUAGGCAACCCAGCGCUGUAACGUCUGCAGCUACUGCGGCAAACAAGCAAUCGGGCACGACGCUUGCUGCUAGUGGUUCGGGACUUCCCAACAUGCCUCCUGGUGUGCCAAUGCUUGGUCCUGGCAGUUUCAUCAUGGGCCAGGCUCCCGGUCUGCCCUAUUAUGCCGCCGCCGCUGCUGCUGGUAUCCAGCAUCAACAAGUGUACAGUCUUGAAGACAUGCAGUAUCGGUAUCCCCACCUAGCUGCUGGGUACUAUGAUAUGGGCUAUCAAUCGCCUACCAGUUUGGGCGGAGGACGCGAUGGAACUCUUGCUUCGUUGGCUUAUGCCACUGGAACCGACGCUAAGUUCUCGCGCAAUGAAAAUAACUCUCCAGUUCCUACCUCGCUAUCUCAGAAUGCUGCUCAAAGUCAUGGCGGAGCGUUUAUUACACCGGCCGCCGCAGCUGCAACUCCACUUACUCCGGCCUAUGCUUAUUACUACAGUGGUGGCGUAAUGCCUGGUGGUUACCAGUUCAGUGCUCCUGCCUUGUAUCCGGUUUCAGCUGCCACAUCGGGUCACGCUGCUAGCAACGCAGCUCAAUAUGGCAAAGGUGGUUUAAGCGGCAGUGGUACUGGUGGUGCCCAGUCUGGUCAAACGUCUGGGGGAGCCACUGCUGGGGGUCCGUCAAACGCUACUGCAUCUGGAUACGCUAGCUAUGGUUCGACUUAUGACGAUUUUUCCAAGGCAGUGUACAAUUCAGUAGGCGUUGGUAGCGCUGCUGGACAAGCGGGGAAGAUUGGCGGAGUCGGUGCUUCGACUGGCCCCUCCGUAGGUGCCACUGGAUCUGCCGAUUUGGGACCUAACGUUUACGGCAAGACCCACAAUCAACUCGGCAAGAUAAAUACGUACGAUAAAACGGGGGGAUUCCAUACGGGUACUCCGCCUCCUUAUGGUAUGGCCGGAAAUGCUAGUGCAGCUCCCUUGGGAGUAGGCGUGAGUGUGGGUGUUGGAGGUCCAUCUCCGUAUGGAGCCCAGCAUAUGUUCAUCCCAACCCUUGCGCCUCAUCAAUCUCAGCAUUCGCACAUGAUGCAUCAGCAACUCCAUCAGGACUCAACCAGUGGACCCGGACAGCGUUCUCAAAGCGGCGGCCAACAGAACAAACAAGGAUCGAAACCGAGCUACGGAGGAUCAUAUUGGGGCUCGAACUAAAACGCAUUUUAAAACCGAGAGAAAAUCAUGGGAGAAAACAAAGUAUUAUCGACUCUCUAAAUGCUUAAGUUUCAUGUCGAGAUUACAGACUCCCUUCUCUUCUGUCCUUUUUCUUCAAGGGUUACGAUUGCACCAGUUGAUUUGGGAUGAAUUUGAGCCCACUUGGAGGAAUACUUUUUUAUGUUUUUUUUUUGUUUUAGGUUAGUGAACCAAUUUGAUGUCGUUUUCUUCCUUUCCCUCCGCUCGUAAAGUAAAUAUCGUGCGAAAUCCCCACGAAGGAGAAAAAAAUAAAAAAUGUUCUUUUCCAAA